AUGGCUCUACCAUUUCAUAUAUACGAAAUAGAGAAUUUCGAUCCUCCUCCGAAUGAAGAAUUAAUCUGUAGUAUUUGUCACUGUGUGUUUCGAGAUCCUGUUGCAUGCAUUGGUGAUUGGUUGACUCUGCAGCAAACGUGUCCGAUUUGCAGAAAGUAUGCUGAUAUUUUUGACUUGCAAGCUGUUGUACCUUUAAUCACCAAUAUGAUCAUGAAAUUAACUAUUCGAUGUCCAAAUAUGAACAAAGGAUGCCAUCACAAGUGUUCUCUCGAAGGGUACAAUAAUCAUUUGGCCAAUUGCGAAUAUGAAACAGUUCAAUGUAAAAAUGAAAAUUGCCAAGUGAAUUGCAUCCGUAAGUAUAUGUUUCAACACGAAAAUAACGAAUGUGAAUAUCGAAUGGUAGAAUGUAAAAAUGGAUGCUCUAUGACAUUUCCAAUUGGUUUAAUCGAAUCGCAUAAUUGCAUUGAAGAAUUAAAAAAAGAAGUUAUAAAUAAGACGAAAAUAAUUGAAGAAAUGAAAAAUGAAAUUGAAGAUUACAAAAGAAAAUUAAAUGAAAUAAGUACAGAGUUAAGACAAUUUGGCACCUAUGCUACAUAUGAUGGAUAUGAUGACAGCUAUGCCAGAUAUGAUAGAUAUGAUGACAGCUAUGCCAGAUAUGAUGGAUAUGAUGACACCUCUCAUACAUAUGAUGCUGAAUUGUAAUCUUUCAACCAACGUUAAUUAUAAAGAAGACCGAUUCAUUGGAGAGAAAAAUUCGAAAAAAUAAAAUGUAUUUUUGACGGUUAACACAGUAUUUAUUAUUGAAUUAUUAAUGCUUAAUAUUGUAU